GUCGUCCAUUUUCGCCGAGAGAUUUUCCUCGAGGUGACGCGUCUCUCUCCAGGACAUUCCCGGAGGAAAUCGUCAGAACGAGCCGCGCCUUCCUCCGGAUAAGUUGUCGUCGAGCUCGGAGAGGACGAUGCCUCCUCCGCGGGCAUCCUGGACCUGACUUCCAGGGAGUCUUCUCGGAUCUUGCGAUUCCCCACCUCCGUUGGCAGAGACGACGUCGAACUCCUGACGAGGCACGAGGAAUCCAGGCAUUUUGUCAGGAAUAAGCGGUAAUCGUCGAAGAAGACCCCCCAGGGGUUUAAUUUAACUCGAGGGGUGCGGAGGAAGAAGAUACCGUUGCGACUCCACCUGGAAAUUGUGCAGGACGAUAGAAGCCGAGGAGGGGACCUGGUGAAGUUGCACCUCCACCUGGAAAUUGUCCAGGACCAUAGAAACCCAGGAGAGGGUUUCCGAGGGAACGACGUAUCGAUUAGGGUCGAAGACGUCGCCAUUUUGGUACGAAAGGGGUGCUAGAAGUCGGGAUCGGGAGGUGUCCUCCUCAAGGUCAGGGAAUCGAUCCAGAAGAGGAGGUCCUAUGCGUCAGGAGUCCCAGGCCGGCUUGAAGCUGAGGCCCCCCCCGGGAGACCACCACCACGGAGGGGUCAUGAUCGAGCAGGACAUGGCCGGUGCCCAGGACACCAUUUACCUGUGCAACUUCAGAGUAUCCGUAGACGGGGAGUGGCUUUGCCUGAAGGAGCUCCAGGACGUCGAGUUCUCCAUGCAGGACUCAAUCCAACGAUCGCCGACCCCACCGCUUGCUCUGAGCGGUAUACCACGUCCUGACAAUCAGCUUUGCGAUCCUCUGACGCCAAGCCCGCCGCCGUUGCACCACGUCUCGAGCUUGUCUCGCGAUCCGGUGAUCAUCGAGAGGAGCAACCUCGUCAACAUUUCGAAGCUAAUCGUGAAGGAGCUGAUCGAGACCUCCCUUAAAUACGGCCGAAUGCUCGACUCGGACCACAUGCCGCUUCAGCACUUCUUCAUCGUCCUCGAGCACGUCCUGAGACACGGCCUGAGGCCGAAGAAGGGGCUCCUGGGACCCAAGAAGGAGCUCUGGGACAUCCUUCAGCUCGUCGAGAAGUACUGCCCGGAGGCCCAGGACAUCACCUCCAGCAUCCGGGACCUGCCGACUGUUAGGACCGCCAUGGGCAGAGCGCGAGCCUGGCUCAGGAUGGCCCUUAUGCAGAAGAAACUUGCCGACUAUCUGAAGGUCCUCAUCGACCACAAGGAGGACAUCCUCUCGGAGUACUUCGAGCCGGACGCUCUGAUGAUGAGCGAGGAGGCCAUCGUCGUAAUGGGAUUGUUGGUCGGUCUCAACGUCAUCGAUUGCAACUUUUGCGUUAAGGAGGAAGACCUGGACUGCCAGCAAGGUGUUAUCGACUUUUCCCUCUACCUGAGGAACAGCAACCACGUCCCCGGCGAGUCGCCGGACGACGAGCUCGAGAGCGACAACAUGACGACCGUCCUCGACCAGAAGAACUACAUCGAGGAGCUUAAUCGACACUUGAACGCCACGGUGACGAACCUCCAGGCAAAGGUGGAGGCCCUGACGACGACCAACGCCCUGAUGAAGGAGGACCUCGCCAUAGCGAAGAACAAUAUCCUCGCCCUCCACGACGAGAACCGGGAGCUGAAGAAGGAGCUGGGGAUCGAGAACGGAAAGGUACCCGUCAAGAUAUCGGAGACCACCGCGGAGAUGGAGGAACUCAGGAGCAGGCUCGACCUGGAGAAGAAACAGAGGCAGGACGUCGAGAAGGAGCUCGAGCUGCAGAUCAGCAUGCGGUCCGAGAUGGAGGUGGCGAUGAAGCUGCUGGAGAAGGACAUACACGAGAAACAGGACACCAUAGUCUCGCUCAGAAGGCAGCUGGAGGAUAUCAAGAGGAUCAACCUGGAGAUGUACAGGAAGCUGCAGGAGUGCGAGGGCUCCCUUAAGCAUAAGACAGAACUGAUCGCUAAGCUGGAGACUAAGUCGCUAUCCAUGACUGAAACUAUCCAGAAAAUGGAUGAGAAGUGCAAAGAGAUGGAGGGAGUCAGGUCGGGGGCCGAGGAGAGGGCCAGGGCCCUGGGGGCGGAGGUCGCCGAGAGGGAGGCCAGGGCGAGCGGCGUCGAGAGGGAGCUCAAGCUCGAGAGGGAAUGGCGCACCUCCUUGCAACAGGCGUCCAUCGGGAACGUCGAAAAGAUCUCACGACUCCACCAGGAGAUCGACCAACUCAAGCAGGUCGCCGAGAAGUACAUGGCCCUGCAGGAGGAGCACUUCGCCCUGAAGGAGAUCUGCACCGAGCAGGAGAGGACUCUGGAGGAACUGGGAGGACAAUUGAGUACGGCUAAAUUGGCGGCUGUCGAAUUGAAAGAAGCUGCGGACAGUGCCCAACAGCAGAAUCUCCAGGAUGGAGCCGCACCCUGGACCAAGGACCGCUCCAUCACGCACUGUAAGGGAUGCAACAGGGAGUUCACCCUGACUCGUCGGAAGCAUCACUGUCGGAACUGCGGGAAGAUCUUCUGCAACUCUUGCAGCGAAAACACGAUCGCGAUGCCAAACUCGGCGAAGCCGGUGCGAGUCUGCGACGAGUGCCACGUGUUCCUGAUCGGACGUUACUCUGUAGUGCAAUAGUGGGACCCUUUGCUCCAGAGGAUGGUCAUGGAGUCGCAGGGUCGACGGGGACGCCAGAAAUCGUCGCCAAGAAGGACCUGGAGGACGACUCCCAAAAAUGGACGAGGCGAAGGCAUCUUCUCGAAGAGGAACACCUUCUACGCCAUAGGGAUACUUACCUGGGAAUUAUGCUAAUUAAACGCACAAGGACACCCUCCGAGAUGAAUCUGGCGACAAAGUGUAAACAUCCGGACGAUUAAUA